AUGGGUAUAGGCCAUACGGGAGGUUGUAUCAAUAUCGUCGCGGAAUGCAGCGGAGUAACCCCUAAUCGACCAGAGGGUGCGAAAUUGCAGUGGUAUAUCGGUUGUUGUUAUUGUGAUUCAAAACGCAAAUUGCCGCCAUUCCUCUCAACGGCGAAAUAUAGGGGUGAUGUUUGUGCUUCACUGAAUCGAGUGCAUUUGUCUCCCCAGAUAGAUAUGAAUUUGCAAUACUCUCUACGCGGUUCAUGGUGCAUGGUUGGCUGGGCAAUCAGGCCUCCGCCAAACAACUGGAACUGGCUAUGUGGAUACGAAAUGAGCCGUGUGGCCUGCGGUGGCUACCACUUAUUGGAGCCUAGCCUCUUCUACACCUUACAGUUAGGCGUCAAGGAUAGUGAGGUCUACGGAUCGCCAUCAAGAACGGUAACAAUCUCCAUGGAAGAAAGGAAUGUGGCUAGCAAGGCCAGUUUAACCAAAUGUCAUCUUCUGCGCAAAGGAGAAGCCACUACGUCCUUGGCGAACCGCUGGAGAACCAUUAGCACUCGGUUGUUACCCAUCUCCAACUACCUACAGCAACGUGGUCGUCGUCCACUCUGUUUAUUCAGCAGAUGCAUCGUGAAGAGUCAACGCCUAGGCAAAGAAACUACGGAAAGAUAUUCCAAUAGUCAGGGAAUGUUCACAUCAACUCUAGACGAAGCGGACAGGCCAACUGUCACAGUUUUCAUCUGCGAAGAGUCCUUGAGGAGUGGGAGUGAGAGGGCCACCCAGGUACAGUACAGAGUGUUUACUACGCUGGUAUGACCUUCAAUUUUCGGUAGUUCCACCCUAAUAUUUUAGUGGCAUUCUAACCAUCAAUCCGGGGUGGCGCGUUCUCAAUCAUCCCCAUACAAAUACUCCGUAGAAGAUUCUUAUUGUCUUCAUUCUUAUUAUUCUCGUACGCGCUAUUCUUUAUUAUUCUCUAUCAAGAUAGACCUCCUUGCUGCUCUUGAACCUCCAGUUGCACCUCCUGAAGAUCCAGAACCUCCUGCUACACCUCCAAAGCAAUUAACCCGCAAGCAAUGUUGAGAUCUGGCUCUACUAAUCUCUAUUGCUUCGUAUGACGUCAGAUGAUCUCGAUAAAUGUUAAUCCUCUGUACGGAGUACGGAGUACUCUGUCGUAACAAUAAAAACAGCAUAACAAUAAAAAUGAAAAUAGGUAUUUUUUAUAUGAGAAUCAUAUAUAAAAGAUUC